AUGUAUCAUCACCUCCAGGUGGCUCAAAGUGAAGUUGGAAAUAUACAACGCCAAAACUUAGCGAUAGAAAAGGCAUUACAACAAGAACGGAAGGCAAGCGAACUCUCUAACCAGCAAUUCAUAGAGCUACAAGAAUGCCACGACGAGCUUGUGAAGGAGUACGCGAGUUGCGAGAAGAUUCAGGAAGAUCUCAAAAAAUCUGCAACAGACUCUCGUAUGUUUGCCGAUGAGGUUGCUAAGCGAGCCGAAAGCCUGUUGAACAACUCUUCAGGUAGGCUGGCUGAAGGCGAUGUAGAUGGCUCGCAGAAUGGCCAAAGUAUUAGUGGAAUGCUUCUAGAGUCAGCCAAGAACGCUCUGAUUGUACAGGCAAUCUCCAGUCAGCGCUCGGAGGAUGAGGAAUUCACCAAGUUGAGGGACGUCAUGGAUCAAAAUGUGGAUUUCCAGUGCCAUAUCAUGAAGCUUCAGGAGCAAAUCAAAACUCUAUCCCAACAAGUUGAAGAUGGAAAGAAUGAGGUUGCAAGCCUAAACAAGGCUCUCGAACUUGCUACCGAAGAUGGACGACGAAAGAAAUCUCGACGAGGAAAAACACCUGCUAUGAAGAACCAGUAA